AUGUCUUUGAUUUUCCCUGUUUUUUCCAACUUAAGUCAAAGUUCAGAUUUUGCAGAACAAGAGUCCAGUUUAUACCCAUUAAAGGAAAAGAUCUUACCAACCCCAGGAUACCCAAGAAUCUUCUUCUUUAAUACAAUGGAACAUAAACCACACAACAUGGUCUUACCACCAGCUAAUGGUAAGAAAUUGUGGAGGGUGAAGAGAACUGUCUCUGGAAGCCAUGGCUCUCACACCUCUACUAACGACGCUAAUGAUACCCAAACCGACUCCUCGCUUGAGUGCUUGAACAACUCGUUGAAGAUUGCUGCAGCAGCCGGCAAGUUCUCAAUGAGAAGACCUCCUUUGAGAAGACCCAAGAACAAGCCAGGAAAGCCCAAGGACUUUGUCUUUGUGGACUUGUCACCAGUGAAGACCGAGGACUCGGAAGCUUCUAGUGGAGAAUACUCUACUACCAGUUCUCCAACCUUAGUGAAUACCCAAUUACCAUCUCCUACAUUGUCUAUUAACGACGCCAACAUUAAACUCGACUACACCACAAACAAUGAUACCAUAAACUCUACUGUUUCCAAAGCUGGCUUGGAAAUGGCUCCAUUGAACGAGUCAUUCAACAACUCCAUAAGCUCAGAAGACGAUUCCUUAUUCUCCAGCUUCAACAACAGUGAAAUUUUGGAAUCAGCUCUUUCGGCAUAUAUGCAGGUUCAGCCACAGGUCUCAAUGGUUCCUCGUUCGGCCCCAGUGGAUUCGUACGGAUUGGGAAUCAUGAACAUGGGAAGCAUGAACUGGGACCAGCCUCAGGUGAUGAAGCAGCAGCAAACUGUACAAAUGUCGCCACAACAGCAGGCUAACCAGAAGACCUUGACUGAACAAUUAUUUGGUUACCAACAGGCUAUGUUGCAGCAGUAUCAGCAGAUCCAGUUGUUACAACAGCAAUUGCAACAACAGCAAGAGAUGCAAAAGAACAUAAUAUCACCACAAUCUUCUCCUGAGGAGCCUGUGGAAAUCGAAACUAAAAUUGCCAACUCCAACAAGAGAUCCAAGUCUACUGGAGAUGUUGGUUCUUCUGCUAAGAGAAGAGCUAGCGGACAAUUUCAGUUCAAGACUUAUACAGGACCUAACAAAUCCAAGCAGCAAAUAAGACACAGACACACAGUUUCAGAGCCAAUUAAGAAGAACAGUGCUAGCAAGAAGGAGGUCGAGAAUGCUGCUGCAGUCAGCAUUCCAACCACACCAAAGCAAGAACAAACUCAAUCACAACAAUCGUCUAUCAAGUCCACAGUUGGCUUGGAAGACUUCAUGAUGCUUAACGAACAAAUCUCCAUCGAAUUGCCAUACGAAGAGUUGUCUACUGAUGACGCUCUUUCUAUGAAGUCUGGAAAGUACGAUACUUAUUCUCCAGUAUCUGACUACUCUGAUGAAGACGACUAUUUCGCUAAGUCUAAGGGUUUGGAUCCAAACUUACUUUCUAACUGCGGCAUUGACCAAUACUUAAUUCCAAGAGCUGAUGACUUUGUCUUCUCUGGAUUUGCAAUGUAA